AUGUUACUUGUAAGGUUAUUAUUCGAUCUCCCUAUUCCCUUAUAUCUCGUUGCUUCAGUUAGUAUCAGAAAAGGCCUUGCCUCACUCGAAGUGCCUCUAGUGGUGCGUUUAGAUGGAGAAGAUAAGACCCGUGGAGACGGAGAACCAAUCACUCUUGAUGAAUUCAAUACAGCCAUCAAGGGUCUACGUCAGAUGAUCCUAAACUUGGGAAACCAAGCACGACCAGACGAAGAUAGAGGAGAAGACCAGUGUAACAAAUGGCGGCCCCUACGACACCCUUGUCGAGAAGAUAGUGAUGUAGAGUCGGAGGAAGAAAUUUCUAACGAUCAUGCCUAA